CGCGGUGGGGGCGGCAGUGUGCGUCAGCGAUCCGCAGAUGGAAAUUCUAACCCAGUGUUCCUGUGGGUGCUCCCUGAAGACAGUCACCAUCAGCAUUGCCGUCUUUUAUCUGGUUUCGAGCCGUGUGCAGAUAGCAACAACAGCGUACAAUUUGGAGACCCAUCAGUACGUCGAUGGCGAUGAGGUUAAGGCGGAAGAGAUGGUUGCAGAUACUAAACUGGAACUAAUCACAGGUCUCGUGUGUGGCGUUAUCCAUGCUGUGUGCAGCGUAUUUCUCCUCGUUGGAUUCACGCAGGAAAAGGCUAGCAAGCUUCUUCCAUGGAUCAUUGUGGAAACUCUAGGCACCGUAGCAGCGAUCGUAAUUUGUAUGGUCGUCUUCAUUGCGGCAAGUUCAUACAGCGUUAUUAUCUUCUUGCUUGUGUUUGCAGAUACUAAACUGGAAGUAAUCAUAAGUCUAGUGUGGGGCAUUAUCCACACUGUGUGUAGCAUAAUUGUCCUCGUUGGAGCCACGCAGGAAAAGGCUAGCAUGCUUCUUCCAUGGAUCGUUCUUGAAACCCUGGGCACCGCAGUAGCGAUCGUGAUUUGUGUGGUCGUCUUCAUGGCGGCGGGUUCAUACGGCCUUUUUAUUGUCGCUUUAACCUUCUUGCUUUUGUUGCUCAACAUCUACUUCCUGCGAGUCGUGUACAGCUACUUUCGAACUCUGUGUGAGAGACCACGCCCUGCCAAGCUGACAGACAUCGAGACUGCUGGGAUGUGAUGUGAGGUGAUUACAGUUGACAGGUUCAGUCAACAUUACUUAUGUGAGGUGUGUCACUGGUGAAGUUGCUUCUGACUCAGGUUUUUUCUUGUGGACACAUCUGCGAAUAUUGGAGGAAGCAAAGUUAUCAGAUAACAUCAUUGGCCCUGACAGUGCAUCUAGAAUCCAGCUACAACACUUACUACAAACAGUGUCAACAUUUCGAGAACUAUGUACCUCUUACUGAUCAUGCUGUUCCCAUUUUCACAAAGAGAGAAUUUCAUGAAUAAUUCCAGAAAUCACUGCAGAGUACAUUAAUUCAUUUCGAACUUUUUUCCACUAAACUUUAAAGCCUCGCCUGUUGCAGCUAAUGAGCAACUGUUCACUUUUCGCUAUUGAAUGUGCUCGAAAAUAUAUACCUAUUUACUUUGAUUAUGUGCAUUUCUACCACCA